AAUGGAUUAUAGGUCGGUUUGGGCAGGAGGUGACGCGCACCGAAGAAUAGCCUAUUUCAUUUCUUUCUAUCACCACAUGAAAUUGAUGCACAGUAAUCUGAAGGAAGCUUUACAGUGUAAUUACAUCAAACUACUAUUUUAAUUAAUUAUAAGCUUAAUUCUCAGUGACUUGGAUUUAGGGCGUCAGCCGAUGAAGUUGGGAUUGAAUCAUUGAAGAUUCCAAUAAUAUAAUUAAAGGCAAGCGAUGCAGAAACGCACGGUACGGACAGCUUACACAUGGCCCACGACCUGUUCGACAAAAGGUCUCUUUUAAAAACACAACCUGUUUUUUAAAAUAAAACUCCAUACUCAAAUUACGCUCGCAUUAGCAUAUCCCUCUUUCUCUCUGUCUCUGCGUCGUUGUGGGAAUCAGAAAUGUGGAGGCGCCUUGUUUCUCUGUCGCCGCUGCUUUCUUCGUCUAAAUCGCGCCUAAUAAAUCAGGCUUACGGAUUCAAUGCUUGCCAACUUUUCUCUACUCAGGUUCUGAAUGGGGCAGAAGAUGGAGUCUCUGGUACAAGAAGAAAACCAUUUAUAACUUUUGUCUUGGGUGGUCCAGGGAGCGGAAAAGGUACUCAAUGUACAAGAAUUGUCAAUGCCUUUGGGUUUACCCACUUGAGUGUUGGGGAUCUGUUGAGGAAAGAAAUCUAUUCUAAUAGUGAAAAUGGUUCCAUGAUUCUUGAUACAAUCAAGGAAGGGAAAAUUGUUCCCUCAGAAGUGACUGUUAAACUGAUUAAAAAUGCCAUUGAAGCAAGUCAGAACAAUAGAAUUCUUGUUGACGGCUUUCCAAGAAGUGAAGAGAAUCGUAUAGCGUAUGAGCGAGUUGUUAGGGCUGAACCAGACAUUGUGCUUUUCUUUGAUUGUCCUGAAGAAGAAAUGGUGAAACGAGUACUAAACCGUAAUCAGGGGCGAAUUGAUGAUAAUAUAGAUACAGUCAAGGAAAGGUUAGCCGUAUUUGCAGAACUCAACCUUCCUGUGAUCAAGUAUUACUCUGAGAAAGGAAAACUUCACAAGAUUGAUGGUACUGGAUCAGAAGAUGAAAUAUUUGAAAGGGUUCUCCCAGUUUUUGCUGCAUUGAGGUGAUCCCGUGAUUUCAGAAACCACAAAAACUUGGAGAAGAUGACAACUCUUAUUGACCUAUUAAACACAAUAAUUUGGUAUACUAAUAAUCUGGUGGCAGAGUGAAAAUUUACCAGUAUACAAGGGUGUUUUAGCCUUAUUUUUCCUGCUUUUCCAGAUAUACAUGUAGAUGUACUUGUACAUAUAACAAGUAUGAUGUUGCAUCAACUGCUUGUCAUACAAUGGCAGCCCAAAGUCUCAUAAAACAAACAACCAACUUGCUCAAUGGGAAGCAAAUUGUAGUGUUGUAUACUUUUCUGUAAUCGUGCAUUCAGACCAAAUUCUUCUUUC